AUGCGACCUAACUCAAUUUAUCCCCAGUGCACAGAUAUCCCUGAUCCAGUACACAAUACAUGCGAGAUGAGCUCUCCAAAAGAAACUACUGAACCUCAUGUUGUCAAAGAAGAGUUAAUCACGAGUGGAAAAUGGGUGAAGCUUGAAAAGACCACAUAUGUUGAUCCCUGUGGAAGCACAAGAAUAUGGGAAACAGUGAAGCGGACAACAAGAGUAGCCGACACUGCAGCUGAUGGUGUGGGUAUCAUAGCCCUUCUAAAGAGGACCCUUCACAAGGACUGUGUAGUCAUGGUGAAGCAAUUCAGACCACCGAUGGGAUGCUGCACGCUGGAAUUUCCUGCAGGUCUGAUAGAUAACAAUGAAAGUCCUGAAACUGCUGCUUUGAGAGAGCUAAAGGAGGAAACCGGUUACAAAGGAGAAGUAGUGGGCAUCACCCCAGUCACAUGUUUAGACCCAGGCCUGUCUAACUGCACCACACAGAUUGUAAUAGUGCAUAUUAAUGGAGAUGAUAAUGAAAAUAUACACCCCACCCAGCAGCUGGGUGAUGGGGAAUUUGUGGAGGUAAUUCUUUUGCCUUUGGAUGAAUUUCAGCAAAAAAUUGAUGAAUUACGUCAAAAAGAGAAUAUAUUGGUUGACACCAAGGUGUAUAUGUAUGCUAUGGGGAUGUCCCAGGCAUUCUUCAAGCCCAGAGAGUUACCCGUGCUGAAACAGUGAGACUGAAACAACACAAAACAUCCCUGGAUCUAACUUUAUUCAUCUGACAGAUUAUCAAACUUUACACAGUUGUAAUCUGAAGGGAGCAAAGAAAUACUUGACCAAGAACUUAGUGUUGUACUGUGGCUGCCUGACAAUUCCUAACAAACUAACAGUAUGUAAUUAACAUUGUUUGCACAGUCAGUAGCAAAAUAUUGUGUUUGUUGAAAACAGACCUGAAAUGAGCACGUCAUUCUAAAUGUUACAUGCAGUGCCUAAAGAUGCAUAAUGUAUUUGGAUAGCUGUUAAUUUUUAUCUAAUAAAUCUGACAUUUUUGA